GCCGGCGUCCCCCGCCCGCUUCUGUUUUGGCCCAUUCAAGAUGGCGGUGCAGGAGUCGGCGGCGCAGCUCUCCAUGACCCUCAAGGUGCAGGAGUACCCGACCCUCAAGGUCCCCUAUGAGACGCUGAACAAGCGCUUCCGAGCCGCCCAGAAGAACAUUGACCGGGAGACCAGCCACGUCACCAUGGUGGUGGCCGAGCUGGAGAAGACCUUGAGCAGCUGCCCCGCCGUGGACUCCGUGGUCAGCCUGCUGGACGGCGUGGUGGAGAAGCUCAGUGUCCUCAAGAGGAAGGCGGUGGAGUCCAUCCAGGCCGAGGACGAGAGCGCCAAGCUGUGCAAGCGCAGGAUCGAGCACCUCAAGGAGCACAGCAGCGCGCAGCCCGCGGCGGCCGGCGCGUGGAAGAGGAAGCGCAUGGACCGCAUGAUGGUGGAGCACCUGCUGCGCUGCGGCUACUACAGCACGGCUGUGAAGCUGGCGCGCCAGAGCGGCAUCGAGGACCUGGUGAACAUCGAGAUGUUCCUGACGGCCAAGGAAGUGGAGGAGUCCCUGGAGCGGCGUGAGACGGCCACCUGCCUGGCCUGGUGCCACGACAACAAGUCCCGGCUGCGCAAGAUGAAGAGCUGCCUGGAGUUCAGCCUGAGGAUCCAGGAGUUCAUUGAGCUCAUCCGGCAGAAUAAGCGGCUGGACGCCGUGAGGCACGCAAGGAAGCACUUCAGUCAAGCCGAGGGCAGCCAGCUGGACGAGGUGCGCCAGGCCAUGGGCAUGCUGGCCUUCCCGCCAGACACCCACAUCUCCCCGUACAAGGACCUGCUGGACCCCGCCCGGUGGAGGAUGCUGACCCAGCAGUUCCGCUACGACAACUACCGGCUGCACCAGCUGGGGAACAGCUCCGUGUUCACCCUCACGCUGCAGGCCGGCCUCUCUGCCAUCAAGACGCCACAGUGCUACAAGGAGGACGGCAGCUCCAGGAGCCCCGACUGCCCCGUGUGCAGCCGCUCCCUGAACAAGCUGGCGCAGCCCCUGCCCAUGGCGCACUGCGCCAACUCUCGCCUGGUCUGCAAGAUCUCCGGCGACGUCAUGAACGAGAACAACCCGCCCAUGAUGCUGCCCAACGGCUACGUCUACGGCUACAACUCUCUGCUCUCGAUCCGCCAAGACGAUAAGGUGGUUUGCCCCAGAACCAAAGAGGUGUUCCACUUCUCCCAGGCCGAGAAGGUGUACAUCAUGUAGGCCCCGACCAAAGACCGGUGAGCGCCGCCCGGGAGCGGGAGGUGUGGCCUGUGCUGCUGGCGCGGCGCCUGCAGAGACCGAACCGGGCGCGGGGAGCAGGAGCCGCUCCGAGGCGCCCUCGGCCCCCUCCCCUGCUGUGAGCGCGCGUGGGGCGCAGGUGGCUGGGCUGGCGGUGCCGCCAGGGCCGUGACUGCUGGGGCCGCCGCCGCCGCCGCCUUACUUCCUGCUGAGAGCGCGCCGCCGCGGGCGCGGGCCGAACACUGUAGAGCUUUGUACCUAGCGCUUAUUUUUGCAUGCUGACGUCGACUAGCCGAUACGCUGUAAAUGUCCACCUGUCAAUAAAACGUUUUCUAUUUCCACGUC